UAACCGUGGGGAGAGUUUCCGCCAUUUUUUAAAACUGGGAAGGUCUUUGCCGGAGUAGUGGCGGCCGUUGCGAUGGCAGCGUUCGCUGUGGAUCCCCAGGCGCCCACGCUGGGAUCUGAACCAAUGAUGCUGGGUUCACCGACAUCACCAAAGACAGCAGUUAAUGCCCAGUUCUUACCUGGAUUUUUAAUGGGGGAUUUACCAGCUCCAGUGACUCCACAACCUCGAUCAAUUAGUGGCCCUUCAGUAGGAGUAAUGGAAAUGAGAUCACCUUUGCUUGCAGGGGGAUCACCACCACAGCCAGUUGUACCUGCUCAUAAAGAUAAAAGUGGAGCUCCACCUGUUAGAAGUAUAUAUGAUGAUAUUUCCAGCCCAGGACUUGGAUCAACACCUUUGACUUCAAGAAGACAGACAAACAUUUCAGUGAUGCAGAGUCCUCUUGUUGGAGUUACAACUCCUGUGACUGGACAAAGCAUGUUUAGUCCAGCAAAUAUUGGCCAGCCACGGAAGACGACACUCUCUCCUGCCCAGUUGGAUCCUUUUUAUACUCAAGGAGAUUCUCUGACUUCAGAAGAUCACCUCGAUGACACUUGGGUAACUGUGUUUGGGUUUCCACAAGCAUCUGCUUCUUAUAUAUUAUUACAGUUUGCACAAUAUGGGAAUAUCUUAAAGCAUGUGAUGUCUAACACAGGCAACUGGAUGCAUAUUCGUUACCAGUCUAAAUUACAAGCCCGGAAGGCCUUAAGCAAAGAUGGGAGAAUAUUUGGAGAAUCCAUCAUGAUUGGUGUCAAGCCAUGUAUAGAUAAAAGUGUCAUGGAAAACAGUGACAGAGGAGCCUUGUCAUCUCCAUCUCUAGCCUUUACACCACCAAUCAAGACCUUAGGCACUCCAACACAGCCCGGAAGCACUCCUAGGGUUUCUACCAUGAGGCCUCUUGCUACAGCAUACAAGGCCUCCACUAGUGACUACCAGGUUAUUUCUGACAGACAAACACCAAAAAAAGAUGAAAGUCUUGUCUCCAGAGCGAUGGAGUACAUGUUCGGCUGGUAGUCCAGUAGGAGCUGGACUGAGCCCUUAGUGGAGGCCUGCCGCUUCCUUGGGUUAGUUCUAUAACCAUCUACGGCAGUGUUGGAUAGUGUCUUAGCUAUGUCUUUGACAGCCUUUUGUUAGGAAACAGCCCGUUUGUAGCUUGCACUUUAAAAGAUGGCUGAAAUACACCUGAGGAAAAGAUUGUCCGGUAGCAUCUUGUGCUUUCUGUGAUACAGUGCAUGCCUAGCGCCUGGAUUCAGCACUGAGUGCAGGACAGGAAAUGAUGGAGUUUGAAGUGAGUCUUGUUAGCUUUCCUGAGAAGAUGGAUGAAUUUCAUGGAGAGCAACCACUACGUCACCAUACACAGUGAUUAUAAUUAGCAAUUUGAAUUAUGGUCUUUAAUUUUAGAUGGUAUUUAAUAUCUUGAUUUUUUUUUUUGUAUGUGUCUUGUGGAUUGUCAUCUUUUAUGUUCUUUUUAAAAACCACCGACUACUAAUGUUUCUUAAUAAACUUUGUCAGUUUUUAUGU